GAUGUGAUGUCACUCCCAAACUCAAGCGCAGUAUUUUCUUUUCAAAUGCUCUGCGUACAUGACUACAAUAUUCUUCAUUCUACAUACAGUAUGAGGCAACAACAAAAUAGUAACGCACAAGGACCGAGGAAACUAACUUUAAUCAGAUUACUGGCCUGGAAAAAUGAACGCGUUGGAUUGCUCGUUACUGAAAGAAAGUAAUCGGAUUACAGUAACGCGUUACUGACAACACUGUUUACCAGUUAAUAUCUUUUGGUGUAAAUAUCCCAUAAUUCAGUGAGGACAGCUGCGGUUUAUAGUUCAGUGCGGCUUAUCUAUGAACAAAUGGCGUAUUGUAUCAAAUUUAGUGGGUGGCAGCUUAUAGUCAGGUGCACCUAAUAGUCCAAAAAUUACGGUAUUUCCUUCUUUAUUUAAAUGGUAAGCAUCACCUUUUUACUUUUUUCACCACCUACACUAACCUUCUUUGGACCCAUGUUGGUUUCUCUGAGAUGAAAACCGUGCGUCAGUCUUGCAGGAAAACAAUGUACUAGCGACGCUGUCAUAAAUCGUUGUAUUUUGAGCAUGUCGCCAUAUGUGGAGAUGAAUGACGAGUUAAAUUUUAUGUCGGAUGUCGAAAGGAUUGUAUGUUGAUGCAAUCGUAUAUCGAGGCACCACUGUACUGGAUAUACUUAUAUAGCCUACAGUAUGUUAUUUUGCACAAUAAUCAAAAAAUACAAUUUUGAAUGAAAAUUAGUAACUUGUAUGCUUUGUUACUGUAAGUGCAAUACAGUAGCUUAAUGCAUCUGUAAGACCUGUGUGUUAUAGGUAGAACUGUGUACUUUUAUGGCAACACCAUCACUAUUCAAGUACUACUAUACUACUACUACUACUACAACUAUGAGCUCAACUUACAGAUAUUUAGACACCUUUUGUCAUAGAUAGGGGCAGAACAACAUUUGUUUUCUAAUAUUUAUAACUUCAUUAAUCUUAAGACUGUAAUAACAGCGCAGCGGCACUGGCAACUUCCCCAGCAUAGUGGGGAAAUGUGGUGGUGUGCCACAAGCAGAAAAGCAGGCAUGUGUAAGUGUAAGAUGGAUGGUGUAAAGAAGGAACGGGGGGCAAUGUGGCCCCGACUGGGACUUUUCCAAAGGGAGAUGGAUGGAAGGAGGCAAGCAGGGAGCAAGCAGGGAGCAAACAGUCCCCUCCAACGACCAUGCGACUUAGCAUCCAUCUGUGCACCCCUCAGGCCUCUCCAUCCAUCAUUCCUUCAUUGCACCUCACCUCCAAUUUUUAUCUCCCGUUACCUCCCCCUCCCAUCUCCACUCCGGUGCCGAUAAGAUUCAGCAGUUUCUAAAGCACACAGCGUGUCGUGCACCUCAUAUAACGAACCGUCUCGUGCUACAUCCGCAGUAAGCGUGCUGGCAGUGUGCAUGCGCAUGGGGCUGUAUGGAUGCCUGUGGGUGUGCGGUGUGGGUGGCAUCAAGAAAUUGCUUUGCACGAGUAUUAUGAUUUGAAAACAUGACAGUGAGCAAGUCGUUGCUAAAUGUCUCAACAGUAUUUUUAUAGGAAUCAAAAAGUGACACGUGAGCCACUUCAGUAGGUUACUUAGUCAGUUUAUGAUGGUCCUCCAUACAAUGUGUUAAGGUCACCAACAGCCCACAAACAUCUAGUUUCCACAGAGCUGUCAAAAUACAUUGUCACACAGAUUAAAUGGGCUUCACUUACUUUGCUUUUAUGUGCAUGACUGACAUUUAAUAUAGAAAUUUAGACUGCAAUUAUUAUGUAUGAAUAUGGUCGCUUGCGUUAUCAAAAAAUGAUGCAUCGAAGGGGCUCGGGGGGAGCAUGCAGUACCACUCGCUCUCUGUUUCUAUGAUAAUAUUGAGGGGGGAAAAUUAGUUUGGGGUACUGUACAUCUUUAUUUUCUACGUAAGGCUGUAGUUGAAUCCAGAGGCAAAAUGUCUUUUAUAUAUACAGUGGUACCUCGACAUACGAACGCUUCGACACACGAUGUUUUCGACAUCCGACGUAAAAUUUGACUCGCCAUUUGUUUCUACAUUGGACGAUAUGCUCGAAAUACGACGACAUGACAGUGCGCAAACGAAUGCACGGCGGAUUUUCUUGUGUGAUAAAUCAACACAGGUUUCAAAAAAGUGGGUACAGUUGGUGAAACAAGGAAAAAAGUGAUGCUUACCUUUGAAAUGAAGAUGCAAAUUACAGAAAAAUAUGAGCGUGGGGUGCUGUGGUGCGCAUCCGUGAACUGGCUCAACAACACAGCUCCACGGUCCUCUUCCGACCACCGCUCGCCAGUCUUUAUAAGUUAAGGUGACAAUUAUUACUGUGUUAACAUCGCCAAGGAAAUCAGCAGCUUUGUCACGUUUUUUGUCAUUUAUUUUAGGACUUAAAUAGUCCGCCACAGUUGACUGUGCUCUCAAGAAAACGAAAGUAUUAUCUCUACCGCACUGACCUAUCUCACUGUGACGUCAGUCCCGCGGUGCGUUCAGGUGCAGCAAAAAUUGUCCACCACAUUAGAAUCUGAUUCGUUACAUUAUUUACAGGAAUAAUUAUUAAUUAUUAUUAUAUUAUUAUGAUUUGCAUUUAUAACUUAUUUGUUUUGCUAUGUUUUAAUUGACCGCGACCCUCGUGAGGAAAAAGUGGCACGGAAAAUGAAUGAAUGAAUGAAUGUUUAAUUGACAUUUGUAAUAGUACCGGCAGUAUUUAUUAAGGAUUUAGUGUAUGGUUUUGGGCUGUGGAACGAAUUAAUGGAAUUAUAAUGUAUUCCUAUGGGUAAAUCCUGCUCGACAUAUGGCCAUUUCAACUUACAAACAAGGUCCUGGAACGAAUUAACUUUGUAUGUAGAGGUACCACUGUAUAUAUAUUUUUUAAAUUCAAAUGAUUGUUUUAUCCAUUAAUCUCAGAACUGUGAAGUAAACAUAUUAACCAAUCAGCCACUGUGUCGUACGGCAGUUUAGAAAAUAUUGUUUUUUGUUUUUGGUUUUUUUUAUUGUGUAUAAUAAACGACUUCUCAGCAGUGGUUUUUUGGCAGCCCUUUAAUUUUCGUCUUAGUCUUUUAGACGAUAAUACUUGUUAGGCUUAGUCACAUUUUAGACAUCCCGAAAUGUGUUUGUCUUCGUCUAGUUUUUGUUGAUGAAAACUCAAGACUCAUUUCAUCUAUUACGUCAACAUUUACUAAUAAUGUUUUCGUCUUUAAAAUUAAAAAAGAUUUAAAAGUUCCAAAAAUAAGCAAAGAAAUAGAUAAAGGUUUCCAACUAUUUCGAAUGAACAGUGACAUACAAGCGCAUAUUGUAGCGUCCACAAGAACGGUGAUAGUACUCACUCAGCAGGAAAACAUUUUAUUAUUUUUGAUCAAUUAAACCCAUCUGGAUGCCACGAGCUGUAUGGAAAAAAAAGUUGUCCGAGAGUUUAACAGGACACUCGCCAUUAGCAUUAGCAAACGCAAAUGCAUUGCUAACGCUAUGAGUUACAUUUAGCGUGUGAUUAUCACUCAGCAAAGACCUGAAAGGGUAAAGCCACACUUAUUUAUGCAAAGCAUAUUUCUCUGGCCAAGAAAAUAAAAUAAAUCUUACCUGUGUGCAAGCCUGCAUGGAGACUGGACACGACACACUGGUGAGUCGGGGAGGGGGGUGCACGUCACAUGAGUGACACAACCAGACACUGCUACGAAGUAGGCUGACUACACAUAAAAAUGUCACAAAAAUUUUGCAUAAAUUUUGUCUCGUCAGACGAAAACUGGUAUUCAUGUCGUUAUGUUUUAGUCUCCCAUACUAUGAUUUUAGCUCGUUAUCAUCUUAUCAUCGUCAUGAAAAAAUUGUUUGUUGAUUAAAUAUUUUCAUUAUCGUCACUGUUGAUGAAAACAACACUGCUUCUUAGGUGUCUAAAUAAUAUAUCUCUGACAAUAUGUUUUCUACAAAAAAAAUACAGGCCUUCCAAGGAUCAAAAAUUAGUGCCGACAUUUUUGUCUCGCUAAAAUGAACUGAGUUUGAAGGCACAACCUUGUCUUAUUAAAGUCAGUUCAUUGUCAUCCCAUUCAAUUUUUUUCCAUGGUGCAUGCUAGCGCCCAUGAAAACAGCAUGGAUUCCAUUUCCCCUCCUAAAAGCAGCAAUUAAUCACCAAGCCACCAAAUCAUACUUUUUAAUUACUGCGCAGACUUGUGUGUACACAUCGUGAUCCAAAAUUGCCCCUCGACCCCCAUCGUGUCCACAUAUUUAACAGCAAAACAAGUAUGCGCUUCUUAUCAGACAUGAAUACUGCUUACAUUUCGUCUUUGAUUUAGAAUUUUAAAAAAGUGUAUUGUUGCUUGGUAUUGGCAGAUAGUGUCCAAGUCAUGGGGUAUAAAUUUGGCAUUGGGACAGGUAUUGUUUCAAUUAGUAGUUUGUCUACAAAACAUUUGCAGAAAUAGUCUGACAUCAAAAGAUUUACUUCAUGUUUUAGGUUACUUUUGCUGGGUAGAUUGAUAGUCCAGAGAAAUGCAUUAUUAUUAUUAUUAUUAUUAUCAUUAUUAUUUUUAUAAAAAUCAUUUGUUCUGAAGGAUUGGACUAAGGCUUAAUUUAUGCUACCAGAACAGAAUCAGAUACUUCAUGAUUUUGGCCUCACUUUGUUCUGGGACUUACCUGGGCUAAUCUGCCACCUAAUUGACCAGCUCUUGUGUAAUUGACUUGUAGACUCAGCCACUGUUGUGGAGUACAUUGAUACCUCUACAUACGAAUUUAAUACGUUCCAGGACCUGGUUUGUAAGUCAAAAUGGUCGAAUGUAGAGCAGGAUUUUCCCAUAACGAUACAUUAUAAUUUUAUUAAUUCGUUCCACAGCCCAAAAGCCUACACUAAAUCCUUAUAAAAAUCUGCUGGUACAAUUACAAACAGUAAUUACCGUAUUUUCACGACCAUAAGGCGCACCUAAAAGUCAAAAUUUUUCUCCAAAAUGGGCGGGGCGCCUAAUAAUGCGGUGCGCCCAAUGUGUGUACCGAAGGCGGACGGGAGUGAAAGCAGCAUGAGAACCAUUAGAGGUGUGAAUGGUGCUCGUCAUAGGGGGCGGGGCCAUUAGGUACAGUGUAAAAUUGAGUUACAUGCGAUGGGCAAAUCAAGUUCUGUUUGAAUCAAGACCCCCGAAAAUUGCAACUCCGACGAAAAGACACGCUUACGAAGCCAGUUCAAGCUCCAAGCUAUCAGCUACGUGAAGCAACAUGGAAAUUGAGCCGCGGCGAGACAAUUCAGCAUCAAGGAGUCAAUGGUUUGCAAGUGGAGAAAGCUGGAAAACGAGCUAAGCCAAGUCAAGAAAACAAAGCUGAGUUUCCGCGGAAAUAAAGCGAAGUGGCCUCACCUGGAAGAUGAACUCGAGGGGUGGAUUCACAACCAAAGAACAGCCGGGAGAAGCGUCUCAACAGUCACCAUGCGAAUGAAGGCACACACGCUUGCGCAUGAGAUGAAAAUUGAACAUUUUCAAGGAGGUCCGUCGUGGUGCUUUCGAUUCAUGAAACGGCGUUAUCUUUCCAUCCGGACAAGAACUACAUUGGCGCAGCAACUUCCAGCUGAUUACAAGGAAAAGCUGACUAUCUUCCGCUCCUACUGCAGCAAAAAGAUUGCCGACAAACGCAUCCAGCUGAAGCAUAUCACGAACAUGGACGAGGUGCCACUCACUUUCGACGUCCCGGUUAGCGACAGCGUGGAGAAGAAAGGAGGCAGCACGGUAGCGAUACGCACAACAGGGCACGAGACGUCAUCUUUUACUGUUGUGCUUAGCGGCCAUGCUAAUGGACAGAAACUGCCACCGCUGGUGAUUUUCAAAAGGAAGACGUUGCCGAAAGAAAAGUUUCCUGCCGGAGUCGUAGUGAAAGCCAAUCAAAAGGGCUGGAUGGACGAGGAGAAAAUGAGAGAGUGGCUGAGGGAGGUUUACGUGAAGCGACCAGAUGUUUUUUUCCGUGUUUCACCGUCCAAGUCAAGUUGCGUGCGGCGUGGGAGUAAUGGAUGACGAAUGGCGAACACAGUUUUACAAAGACUGGAAGGCAACACCGGGCGAGUUCCGAUAACAUUUGCGAAUGGAUUGUGGAUGCUUGGGCUAAUGUGUCGGCUUGCACUGUUGUUCGAGCUUUCGCCAAAGCCGGCAUUAUUUCCGAGGAGGAGCUUCAUGGCAACGAGACUGACUCGGACAACGAAGAGGGGGAACCUGGCGUGUUUGAUGGAGACCUAGCCCAGCUAUUCAUGUCAGAUACAGAAGAUGAGGACUUGGAUGGCUUUGUGGAUUGACAAAAAAUAAGACCACCCUGACCCACCAUCACUGACUAUGAUGUGGCGUGGUAGCCGCUGUUGCUAUGUGUAAAGGAGUGCCGUGCCACCAAUGGAAACCGAAGGCUAUCGUGACGUCCCAGAGACCAGCGAUGGUCAGGGGGUAGGCCUCCUAGAUAGACGAGCUGGGGGUGGGGUGGACGAGGACUGGAGUGCCCCCUACCCUCUGGGCUUCCAGGUGUCUUUAACAACAGUGCUAAUUCUAGAGCUGGUACUAGGCUUCAGCAGCAACCUGACCGUACUCGUACUGUACUGCGCACAGUCCAAUCUGGUGGAUUCAGUCAGUAACCUAGUCACUGUCAACCUCCAUGUUCUGGACAUACUAGUGUGUGUGCUGUGUCUGCCACUCACAGUGGCUGUCAUCUUGCUCCCGGCCAAUGGAAGCGGCGUUGGAAGUCUGGCCACAUUGUGCUGCUUUCACGAAGCCUGCGUCACAUUCACCAGUGUAGCCACAGCUGUUAACGUCCUGGUCAUCAGUUUGGACCGCUACGACAUCUCUGUGCGUCCAGCCAGUCGGCUCCUGAACCCCCGCCGUGCUGGGCUGCUCCUGGCCGCAGUCUGGGCUGUCUCUCUGGCUGUAUUCUUCCUGCCUUUUCUCGAAGGAGACUUCUUCUCUUCGAGAGCUAAAGACAGUGAGGGUGAGGAGCCAGAGGAGCCGAACAAUGACUUUGAAUCCACAAUUGGACCCACAACACUCUUUUACUCUCUUGCACCUUCUGUUUUACCCUCGACACACCCUUCCUCCUCCUCACACAACCUUUCACCAGUAUGGCAGAACAGAACACUGCUGUGCAUCGGGGGACAAGGCUACUACACAGGAAUGGCAAUGUAUUACCACUUGUUACUACAAGUGCCCUGCUUCUUUAUUGCUGUGGUUGUCAUGCUAUUCACCUACUCCCGGAUACUACAAGCCCUCAACAUUCGAAUAGGUUCCCACAUGAUGAGAAGUAACCGUGCAAAGGACUCCACCUGCAGGAUACGCUGCAGGAGGACGAAAAAGAAGGACCUCACCUUGCCAACAGAGGUAGUGUCUUCAAAUCAGAACCAGAAUCUAUCUCAUCCUCCCCUUAUUCCAUCUCCCACUCCAACACCGACAUCGCCGCCCCCACUCUCCUCCAUGCCCCAGGGGAUCUCCGACAGUGGCGCUACGGUGACAACUGUCAGUACAGCUGCCACCACCCCCAUAGCAACUACACCUGCUACCCCUGCUUCUCCGACUCCCGCUUCAGGAUCCAUGCAGACCCACGCCACGUCCCCAUUGCCAGCUUCCUCCAUGGGUGUCCAGGCCUCAGUUUCUGCAAUCAUUGCCUUGAGACGGGCCGUUCGUAGACACAGGGACCGUCGGGAGCGCCAACGCCGUGUCCUUAAAAUGUCACUUAUCAUAAUAUCCACAUUUUUGGGCUGUUGGGCUCCAUUGUCCGCUGUCAACAUUCUGAUCCUCUGUAUGGGCCCAAGUGACGGUUUAGUGCGGAUCCGUCUCUGCUUCUUGGCAAUGGCUUAUGGAACAACAAUUUUUCAUCCUCUCCUGUAUGCUUUUACAAGGCAGAAACUACGUCGAGCCCUGAAAACACGAGUCAAGAAAAGGGUCGUCUCCCUUCUGCAGGUGGACCCAGCUCCUAUUGGGGGGACAGUUAUCCAUAACUCCUGGGUAGAAGGGGGAGGCCAGAGGAAGAGUCGCAAGCCCCGAGUGGAGGCCAGCGAUGGCACUGAUCGAUGCCUCACUGAGGCAGUGAGAGAAUGAGGCUGGUCUUCAGUGUGUUGCUCACAUGUCUAGUUUGUGUUCAGAAUUUGAGGGAAUGUAUGCCUUUGUCUGUUGUUGGAUAUGGAUGAUGUGUAUAACCUUGCAUGGGUGUGCCAAGCCAUUAGUUUACAAAGGACAGAUCCCGUGACCUUGGGUCUUUGGCACAUGGUGUGCCCAAGUCUUAACAAGAGCCACUUUUCUUCGCUCUUACUGUAAGCUAGUUGACCUCUUUAAAUUGUCUCAAUGGCAGCAGCAUAUGUACUUAAAUGAAGACAUUAAGGUGACAUCACACCUGGAAAUAUCCCACUGCAUAGCAUAAGGGUUUGAUGAAAUCACUCAAAAAUCUUAAUGCUUCUCCAAGCAUGCGCACAGACAGAACCACAAUAUAUACACACACACACACACUGCACACUGGUCUGCGCUUAGUCAUUUAAAAGCACACAAACAUCUAUAAUAUCUACCUGCACAUGUAUUCUCAGUGAGAACAAAUUUUGAGGUCUAUCUUGUUUCCCUCCCUAUUCUUUUCAUGCCUUAAUUGAGUUCAAGAAAAAUGUGUGUGGUGCUGAAUGUCCUGUUGUUUACAGAGUAGGAGUGAGACUAUGCACGUUAGUGCAUCAUAAUGGUCAGUAAAUAAAACAUUCAGAAGUUUACAAUGUGAAAUUACCAGCAAACUGGUGAAAAUAAGGUAUUCAAUUUACAGAAGAGCAUCUUUAACCUAACAGGCAUGACUUUUUUUCUAAAAUGAUUUUGAAAGAAGCUUUGCGGUUAUGGUACAGGCCAGAGGGAGUAAUAUUGUUCUUUCUUUGUGUGGAUUUGUGGUCUGAAAUGAGCAAUGCAUUGACCCCGUAAGAUGUGAACAAAAAGAAUGUCAACACAAAAUAAUUGGUUUUAAAAUGACAAGCAGAAUGGACAUUGUGAAGCAGCGUGGCUUAACAGAAGGGGGGCACUGGGGUUGACUUAAAUUUUGUGGCUAGCUAAUUAUGUUGUAACUAUGUGUAUAUGACGGGAAACUGUACUACCACUGGAUCACUUCAGCUUUUCAGUGGAAAUCAAAGGGCAAUAUUUCUCGUGAACAGUCUGUCUGAAAUGUUUCAUUACAGCAGGUAAAUUAGUACCUGUAGUUAAAAGCAGAGAACUGCUGUCGAAGAAGAAAAUCAUAUGUUGUUCCAUUUGAAAGUCUACUUUUGGACUGAACUUUGAGGUGUAUAGGCCUCCGCCAUCUUCAGCACUGAGUCCUUGACAUACUGUACUUAGACUGUACCUGUGUUUCUCUAUUUCCUCAGGGCUCACAUUUAUAAAUGUGCUGGACAUGAAAUGACAAAACCAGCCCUCAAUCAACUCUUCUAUUGCGUGUAUUAUUGUAAGUAAAGAUUUAAGUCACUCCAUAGAUAGAGAAAACUUUGCGUUGUGUUGGGAACCACCUCGGGUUUUAGGCAAUCUUUCCUGUCAUCCUCUCACGCCUUUUACACUAGUUGGAACCCAAUCUAAAAACAAUCAUUCUUGUUUGUCAUGUACAUUUUUCAGGGAUGUAAAUAUUAAAAUGUCGAAUUUGGGUUUUGGUUUAAGAUAUUUUUUUUCCCCCCCAUUCUUUUUGGUCGCAAUCAUCUGCCGGACAGAAAGAGAGCCAUUGUGAUGAAGAUACAGUAGUUACUGUAAAGAGAUGCUGUACAUGUAAUCGUAUUUGUGUUGAUACUCUAUGUGUGUAAACAGUAUUGUACAUUUAUAACCCUGUGUAUAGAGAAAUAUUAGUAUUGUAUAAAAAAAUUUAUAUUAUUGUGUUAUUGUAUAGAACAGAAUCUGUAUUAAAAUGUAA